AUGAGUAACCCCAUGGACAACAAGGCUGGCAUCUCAGAGGCCAAGGCCGACGAGGCCCACAUCGACCACGCCUACGAUGUCGAGGCCAAGAAGGAGUUGAACGUCGAUAUGCAGGGUGCUAUCGAUGCCGAGAACUUGGAGCAUAGCAUGACUGUUCUCGAGGCUGUUCGAGCUUACCCUGCUGCUUCUCUCUGGGCUUUCAACAUGUCUUGCACAAUUAUCAUGGAGGCUUACUGUGUCUUCCUCAUCGGUAACUUCAUCGCCCUCCCCGCUUUCGCCGACAGAUACGGUAUCUGGAGUACAGAAAAGGACAAAUAUGUCAUCGAGACAUCAUGGCAAUCCGCCCUCCAAGUCGGUGGUCCCGUCGGCGCUCUCAUCGGUGUCACCCUCGCCGGCCCCAUUACUUCUCGCGUCGGAUACCGCUGGGCUACCAUCGGCGGUCUCAUGUUGCUCAACGCCUUCAUCUUCAUCUUCUACUUUGCCGACUCCCUGGCCGUCAUGCUGGUCGCUCAGCUCCUCGAGGGUAUCCCAUGGGGUAUCUUCAUCGCCAACUCGCCCGCCUACUGUUCCGAGAUUGUGCCCCUGCAGCUGCGUGCCCCCGCCACACAGAUGCUUCAGAUGUUCUGGGCCAUCGGUGCUAUUAUCGUCGGUGCUGUGGCGUUCCACUACAAUGAGCUUCAUGAGCAGGCUGCUUUCCGAGUUCCUAUUGCUCUGCAGUGGAUGUUCCCUACUCCCCUCGCCAUCCUCAUCUACCUCUCUCCCGAGUCUCCUUGGUGGUUGGUCCGCAAGGGACGUCUUGAAGACGCUGCCAAGUCUGUUCGUCGCCUCGGACGAUCUACCCAGGUUGACAACACCCACGAGGCCAUUGCUAUGAUGAAGCGUACCAUCGACCUCGAGAAGACCAUCAAGGAGCCCAGCAUCCUCGAGCUCUUCCGUGGCACUGAUCUCUACCGAACUGCCAUUGUGUGCUGCGUUUACGCUGCCCAGAACUUGACUGGUAACCUGAUUGCCAACCAGGCCGUCUUUUUCUUCGAGCAGGCCGGUAUGCCCACCAAGACUGCUUUCGCCAUGGGUCUCAUCACCUCUGCUCUGCAGACCGUGUUUGUCAUGCUUUCUUGGAUCUUGACUUCUUACUUUGGUCGCCGAAGCAUUUACCUCUGGGGUUCUCUUGGAAACACUGUUCUCCUUGUUGCCCUUGGUAUUGCCGCUACUGUUGGUGAUGUCAAGUCCACCAUCAACUCCAACACCCAGGCUGCUCUCGGUCUUAUCGUCUCCGUCCUCUUCACUCUUGGACCUGCCCCUGCUUCUUGGGUCAUUAUCGGAGAGACCUCCUCCAUUCGUCUUCGACCUCUUACCACUGGUAUCGGCCGUGGAUGUUACUACCUCGUCAACAUCCCCUGUAUCUUCCUCUCCAGUUGGAUGCUUAACCCCACUGGCGCCAACCUCGGUGGCAAGUGUGGUUACGUUUGGGCCGGUACCGGUGCCUUCUGUCUGGCCAUGGCCUACAUCUGGCUUCCUGAGAUGAAGAACCGAUCUUACCGAGAAAUCGACAUUCUCUUCAAGCGCAAGGUUCCCGCCCGCCAGUGGAAGAAGACCGUUGUCGAUGUCCACGACAACGAGUAA